AUGGUAACAGCAUAUCCAUCAAGGCUACGCAAAGAGAAAAUUAAGAAGCAUAUUACUGACUACGCUCAAUUGCGAAAUUCGAGAUCAACGAUCGACGAGAUUAAGAAGAGGAAGAGGGUUUUUUACUCAUCGGAGGACGGGGAGAAUGAGGCGGAGAUUUCUAGUGGGCUCUCGGUUGGCCAGCUGUCCGACACGCAGAGAGCACUUACAGAUGAAAGGGCACUUAGAGAAGCCUUAGAGAAGCUCUCAUCGUGUGAUAUAGCCGCAUUGGCCUCGGAAUGGUUGGGGGAAGUGGAAACGGCUCGUGGAAAAUCUUCAAAUAUCAAGGGCUCGUUAACUAAGAUAAUGAAAGUGGAUGUGCACUCAGCCGGACACGCGAUCCGGACCUUGGCAGUUAGAGCUUCAGCGGAGGGUGAUCCCGGAUUUCUGCGGAAUCGAAUCCUGGAACUACAGGAAGAGCUGGCGGAAGCAAAGCUACAAAUACAAAAGCUAACGAACAUCUUGGCUGAAAAAGUGCCAGGUGCGGCUGAGGGACUAAUGGAUAUGAACGCGGACGCGGGGGCACAGCUAGUGGACCCCCCCCAGAUAGAUAAACAUCCUGCGGAAGCAACUAGAAUGGUACUGGGCAGCCCGACAAAUAUAAUGGAAGGGCUAAGAGAACAACCAAAAAGACGGGAAGAGAUACCAGUGGCUGGCCCAUCAAAUCAAGUGACAAUGGACAAGGGCUUUCUAGCGGACUUAGCAGCGACAAUCAAAAUUGCUAUGGCCGAGGCUAUAACCACGAUGAUCCCGGGCAGUCAGAUCGGGGGCAGACAACGGAUUGGUGCAGUUCCACCUUUGGAUAGGGGACAUUUAGUCAAAGAAGGUGGAUAUGCCAGUGGUAAGGAUAGGCGGGAGGAGGUUCACGAAGGGACGGUAAGAGACCAGCCACGAAAGAGGGAAACUCGUGCAGCAGAAAAUCCCCCGCUGGCCCGGAGAACGAGGGAGGGUUUGCCCUCGAGGCGCCCCCCCAGAUCCUCGGCAGUGACGCUCUCCUGUCCUGAGGGGGGGAUGUCCUAUGCUGAGGCGAUUAGGACUGCGAGGGAAAAGAUAGUCCUGGACGACCUGGGAAUCGCCGAUACCAGGAUGAGGAAUACGGUGUCUGGAGGGGUCCUAAUCGAGCUACCGGGUUCUGACAGGGCGACGGCGGCGGACGCUCUCGCAUCCAAGCUUCGGGAUGCAUUCCAGGACACUGGAGUUCGGGUUGGUAGACCGACCAUGAAGGGAGAACUGAGACUUUCGGGCCUGGACGCCUCGGUUACGGCUGAAGAAGUCCUGAAGACUGUGGUGGAAACUGGAUGCUGCCGGGCAGAGGAUGUCAGACUUGGCAAUGCAAGAAUUGCAAGGAACGGGACGAGGACAGUGUGGCUGCAAUGUCCGUUGGAUGCCGCACUAAAGAUUGUAGAUACAGGGGGUCUUCGAAUCGGGUGGGCCACUGCGAGAGUGGAGCUGCUCAGAAGGAGACCCCUUCAAUGCUAUAGAUGUCUGGGGAUAGGACAUGUUAGAUGGAGGUGUCCUAGCGACAAGGAUAGGACGGGAUAUUGUUUCAACUGCGAGGAGGCUGACCAUAAGGCAAGUGAGUGUGGCAGACCCGCGAGUUGUCCGGUUUGCAAGGAUCGCGGGCUCCCACACAACCAUAGGGCUGGUUCCGGAACGUGUCCACCGCUCCAACCGAGGAGGAGCCCGGCAAAAAACACGGGAAGAGAGGAAAGAACGAAUACGGCGGAUCGGAGUAAUGUUGCCGUUGCCAGUACCAGCAAUGGCCCGUAG